AUUUAACAUAAAAAUAAUUAUUCUAGGUUACGACAAACUUGCCUAUUGAAAACCGUUAAUCAAAAAGUUCAAACAUUUCAGUCGAAAACAAUCAGAAGUUAACAAUUAUCAACACUUUAUUUCUCCAAUUUUCAUCAUCUUCUUCUUCUUCUUCAAUUCUUACCUUCGAGUACCAGACAUGGCGGGGGCCGCAGUUGGUGGAGCCUUUCUCUCAGCAGCUCUUCAGGUUCUGUUCGAUAGAAUGGCUUCUCAAGGAUUCCUGGAUUUCAUUAGGGGAAAGAAACUGGAAAAGGGAUUGGUGAAGAAACUGAAGCCAACGUUGAUGUCUGUCAAGGCUGUGCUGGAUGAUGCUGAAGACAAACAGAUUACCAAUCCAAAUGUCAAAGAUUGGGUUUCUGAGCUUAAAGAUGCUGUUUAUGACGCAGAGGACCUGGUCGAUGAAAUUGCUACUGAAGCACUUCGAGCCAGGUUGGAAGCUGAGGAUGAAAUUGCUUCAACGAAGGUAAUUCGCGUUGUUUCGUCUUUCAAUCCUUUCAGUAGAGGCAUGGAAUCUAAGCUAGAAGAUGUUCUUGAGAGGUUUGAAUCUCUAGUCAAACAAAAAGAAAUCCUGGGUUUGAAAGAAUAUUGUAGAGGGGAGAAGGCAUUUCAGAGACCUCCUGCAACUUCUUUAGUGGAUGAAUCUGGUGUUUAUGGUAGAGACAAUGAAAAAGAAGCAAUAAUGAAGUUGUUGUGCUUAGAAAAUGCUAACGGAAAUCAGCUGGAUGUGAUACCUAUAGUGGGGAUGGGCGGGGUUGGUAAAACCACCCUUGCACAAUUGGUCUACAAUGACAAGAGAGUGGAUGAAUGGUUUGACAUCAAAGCAUGGGUGUGUGUUUCUGAGGAAUUUGAUGCUUUCAGGGUAAUCAAAACCAUUCUUGAAGAGAUCACUUCUAUCUGUGAUAGUAGUCAGAAUCUAAAUCAGCUUCAACUUAAACUAAAAGAGAAGCUGUUGGGAAAGAAGUUCCUAUUUGUAUUGGAUGAUGUUUGGAAUGAGAAAUAUGUUGAUUGGGAAGAGUUGAGAAGUCCUUUCUGUUUCGGGGCGAAAAACAGCAAGAUUGUUGUAACUACUCGCAAUGAAAGUGUAGCAUCCAUUAUGAGGACAGUUCCAACUUAUCAUCUUAAUAUCUUAUCCGAUGAGGAUUGCUGGGAGUUAUUUGCAAAACAUGCAUUUGUUGAUACAAGCCCGAGCAUGCAUCCAAAUUUGAUAGCAACCAGUGAAGCAAUGGUCAAAAGAUGCAGAGGCCUCCCCCUUGCAGCAAAAGCACUUGGAGGUCUUCUACGGUGUAACCUGGAUGUUGAUGAAUGGAAUAAAAUAUCAACCAGCAACCUGUGGGACAUUACAGAUGGUAUCCUUCCUGCACUAAGGUUAAGUUAUUAUUAUCUUCCUUCACAUUUGAAGCGUUGCUUUGCAUAUUGUUCACUUUUUCCAAAAGACUAUGAGUUCAAGAAAGAAGAACUCGUCCGAUUGUGGAUGGCUGAAGAUCUUUUAUUGAAUUUCAAGUCAAAAGAAGAGAUGGAAGAACAAGGUAAAGAGUACUUCAAAGAUUUAGCAUCAAGAUCUUUUUUUCACCAGUUAAGCUUAGAUAAAUCUUGUUUUGUCAUGCACGAUCUAAUUAGUGAUUUAGCUAAAUCUGUAGCUGGGGAGUUCUUCUGCAGAUUGGAAGGUUGUGAUAAUUUAUGUGAAAUAAAUCAGAAGGCACGUCAUUUAUCCAAUGUCCAAGAAAAUUAUGAUGUGAGAAAGAAAUUUGAGACUUUACCUAAAGCCAAAGGGCUGCGCACAUUCCUAAGCUUAAAGUCUUUGCCUUGGCAUUCUUAUGUUACCAACAAGGUAAUGCAUGAUUUGUUGUCGAAAUCGAGGUUGCGAGUACUUUCUUUGGCUAAAUAUCGUAAUAUCAAUGAAAUACCCAAAGAAAUUAGUAAGUUGAAGCAUCUGCGAAGUUUGGAUCUGUCAGGCUCUUCAAUUAAAAGUUUGCCUAAUUCUUUAAGUACGUUGUAUAAUCUGCAAAUGUUAACUUUGUUUCAUUGUAGCAACCUUGUUGAACUGCCUAAAGAUAUGGGGAGAUUGAUCAACAUGUAUUAUCUCAAUAUCAGGGGAACAACGUUAGCAAGGAUGCCAAAAGGAAUGGGCAAGUUGAAAGAUCUUCGAACAUUAACAGAUUUUGUUUUAGGUGAGCAAAAUGGUUCAAGCAUUGAAGAGUUGGGAAAGCUCAAGCACCUACAUGGACAACUUGCCAUUUCAGGUCUAAAAAAUGUUGCAUGUGCUAGGGAUGCCAAAAGUGUCAAUUUGAAGGACAAGAUGAAUCUUAAGGAGCUGGAAUUUAGAUGGAAGAAGCACACUUAUGGUAGUGAAGUACUUGGACAAUUUGAGGCUGAUAAAGAAGUUCUUCAACAACUGGAGCCUCAUACAAACUUGGAGCAUCUUGUAAUUGGUUUUUAUAGAGGAACAAGAUUUCCAGAAUGGGUGGGACAUUCUUCAUUCUUAAAUGUAGUAUCUGUGCACUUAAGAGGUUGCAAAUUUUGCCACUCCAUGCCACCGCUUGGGCAAUUAUCAUCAUUGAAAUCUCUCUCCAUUUCUGGAUUUAGUGCGGUAGUAAAAGUCGGUGAUGAGUUCUAUGGGAGUGGUCAUGCUUUGACUAAACCAUUUGGUUCUCUUGAAAAUCUGAGAUUUGAGGAUAUGCCGGAGUGGGAAGAGUGGUUUUGUUUCAAAGUUGAAGCUUUCUACCUUCUCCAAGAGCUUAGCAUAAUAGAUUGUCCCAAGCUAACUAAGAAUCUACCGAAACACCUCCGGUCUUUAACGAAACUGGAAAUUAGAAAUUGCGAGAAUCUUGAAAGCUUGCUUCCAAGGACAACAAGCAUUCGCCAACUUAAUUUACGGAGAUGUAAUGCACUGCGAUUGGGGCCAUUGCCUUGUGGGCUUCAAAAGUUGCAAAUUCGAGAUUUGAAUAUUGAUGAUUCCAUGUUGGAGAAGAUGGUGCAACACUGCAGUCAUCUAAAAAAGUUAGCUAUUUUGGAUUGUUCUAAACUCAAAAUCCUUCCUGAAGGUAAGCUACCUAUCACUCUGAAAGAAUUGAACAUUGAAAGGUGUCCUGUCUUGGAUUGUUCGAAGAUCCUCUUGUAUACAGCUCUUGAAUCCUUGAUAAUAGAAGGCAAGUGUCAUAAACUGGAGUCUUUCCCAUUAGGAUCAAUGCCUAUGCUAAAUUAUGUUUCUAUUUGGGAAUGUGAAGACUUGAAGUCAACCUGUGCAUCAAAUGGCUCUCACCAGCAUCUCUCACUUCUCAAUUAUCUGCAAAUCUACCAUUGCACUAAUUUUACAUCUUUGCAAAUUGAAGAUGAAUUAUCUGCCACCAAUUUGACCUCGCUCACACUUUGGCAUUGCAUGACUUUAAAGUCAUUGCCUGAGCAAAUGCGCUCCCUUUUCCCAUCCCUUGAGCAUUUGUCAAUACGAUAUUGUCCAGAGAUAGAGUCAUUUCCAGAAGAGGGUUUAUCCUCCAAAUUAAAAACUAUUGAAAUUGGAAGAACUGACAAGCUAAUUGCUAGCAUGAUGAGGAGAGCAUGGGGUUUGCGAACACUCCCUUCACUUAGAGGUUUUGAACUCUCAGGUGCAGAAUUAGAGAUGGGGUCUUUUCCAGAUGAACAUAUGUUGCCAUCUUCUAUAACAUCUCUCACCAUCUCUGAUCUUCCAAAUCUAAAGUUUUUGGACAAUAAGGCCUUUCAACACUUCACCUCUCUUUGUGAGUUGAUUAUCGACAGCUGUCCAAAGCUCCAAUCCUUGCCAGAAAAGAUUCUCCUUACCUCUAUUUCUUAUUUGUCCAUUAACAAUUGCCCCUUGCUGAGAAAACGUUGCAAAAAGGAGAAAGGCAAAGAUUGGCCCAAGAUUUCCCACAUCCCUGUCAUUCACAAUCAUGGAGAGCUCAUCAUAUAGCAGGACUCAGAAGCUGAGUGUCAUAAAUGUAUCCUUUUGCCAUUAUUAAAGCAGCCAAACUCAGGUACACCGUUUUCUUUUCUUUUCACUACUUAUUGUAGUGUUUUACUUAAAUUUUUUUUUUUCAGAAAUUCUUAAACGUUAAAUACUGUAUUCUCAUCCUUGUUAAAGUUUUUUGACUUUGUUAUACUAUUUGCUGUGAAUUGCAUGUGUUGUUUAUUUUUACAUUUCUUUUCUCCCCCAAACACAGUUUUGUUGUCAGUAUUUCAAUAAUUAUCUUAUUGUUGUAGUAAAUUUGAUCAGUUCAGCUUCGUGCUGUUAAAAAUUUUCCGCUUUACUAUAAUUACCUGAUCAAGAGGUUCCCAAUAUCUAGUGGCAGCAGCUGUUGUGUUUUGAUCUGCCUCCAAAAAUGCAAUGCUUUCUGUGAAUAAUUGUAAUUCGAAGAUAUCCAACAAUAGCUUUUAUCAUCCGGAAGUGUUACUAGGAUGAUCACGUCUUGUUGGCAGCCUCCAGGCGUUGAUAUGUUGAUUUUUAAUUCGGAUGUCCUUUCCAUUAGUAAUCAGGGUUUACAGAUUGUGGUGGGUUCUCAGGAACCAUGAGGGGGUUUUUUUUGCAGUGUUCUCGUAUCCCUUUGGGAUUUGCAAUGCUGAUGAAGCUGAAGUUGGGGCAAUAAGGGCAUAAAGGAUCUCAAGUUUCAGUCCCAGAAGUACCUGCAAAAAAAUUUCAAUGCUUCGAAGGUUUGGCAUCAAGCUCUUUGUACUUGGUUUCGGAGAGGUGCAAUGAUGAAGUUGUUAAAAUUCAACUUUACAAAGAAUAAGGAUUUCCGAGCUAAGGCUUACAUUGUUCGUACUCAUUGAUUGGGAUUUAUGGUAAUCCGAGCACUCUUCGUUUUUCUUCUAAGUAAUUAUUUUUGACACUGGAAUCCAUUGUGUAUUGAGAUCAUAGGUUAUUAUCAAGCAUUUGGAUGGCAAAGAAAACUACUUAAGGUGUCAUGAGAACUAACCAUUGGUGUUGCAUUUGGAUUUUCCAAUUUUGUAUUUAUAAAAAUGUUGAUGUAUCAUAUAAAUAUUAUGGCAUUCCGUACUCUUCUUUUCUUCAA